CCUGAAAAUGUGCUUUUCUUCUCCGUCGAAGCAUAAAAUGUCAGCUGACAGGGAAGAGAAUAGAAUAGAAUAUAACCCAAAGGCCAAAGUUUCGUUCUUUUUCGUUUCUGUUACUGUUGUGGAAUCUAUAAUCCUAUUAUUCACUCGACUUGAUAGAAACAAACCAGAAGAAGAACAAGGGACACCAAAUUGUUGAAAGCCGGAUUUAAAACAUCUUAGUUAAAUGAUUCAUUGUUGAAUUUUAACUGGAUUAGAUUGUUGAAUUGAUUCGUUGAUCGGCCAAAGAAUCUGGGAAAUUUGAUUGGAAACAAUCGGAGAGGGGGAAAAAUGGUGUCUGCAAAUAGAGAAAUGGCGGUGUAUUGCUUUGAUACCUUGGUGGCUUACUACAACAGCGAGCAAACCCCUCCCCCUGCUUUCGAUGAGGGUCAACACCCACUGUUUGUGACUUGGAAGAAAGCGGUGAAUGGCAGCGAGCCUCGUCUUCGUGGAUGCAUUGGCACUUUGGAAGCUUGUGGCCUUAUUAACGGUUUCAAAGAUUACGCACUAACAAGUGCUCUAAGGGACCGCCGUUUCCCUCCAAUACAGGCUAAAGAGUUACCUAGUUUGGAAUGUACAGUAUCCGUUCUGACAAAUUAUGAGACUGCACUUAACUAUCUCGAUUGGGAGGUUGGGAAGCACGGAGUAAUUAUUGAAUUUAUUGACCCGGACUACAAUAUCACGAGAAGUGCCACAUACCUCCCGGAGGUAGCUGCUCACGAAGGCUGGACAAAAACCGAAGCUAUCAACUCACUGAUGUGCAAAGCGGGCUACACUGGCACCAUCACCGAAUUGCUCAGAAAGAACAUCCAGCUAACGCGGUAUGAGAGCAUGGUAUUUACCUUGCACUACCGCGAAUAUGUUGCCUAUGUGAAGACAACCAGAGGCGUCGCUCCGAGUAUUAAUGGGACAGACCAAGAAACUUUUGACUUGCAGAACACAUUUAGUUACCCUAAGAUGAUUUAAUUGAUCUGGAGGAAUUUUCAUUUACAGAGAAGUAUGAAACUAAUGUGUUUAUGUUCCAACAUGGUGUAAUAAUUGAUAGUGUAUCUAACACCAAUCUAAAGACAGCAAAAUCAGUUUGUGCUUGACAAGUUCACAA